AUGGCUACACAGAACGUGUCCCGCGAUGCGCUCUCCUCGAUCAUGGAUGAUGAUGCGCUGCAUGCAGAUCAUUCUGCAACCAGCUCAUACGAAAUUCGUUUACACCUGGAAUCUCAGGUAGCCGCUGCAGCAGCUCCCAUAGCGGGGGAAACGGCGGCAGUGACGGGGAAUGCAGCGAGGGAGAGUGGUGGGUCAGCGGAGCGGGGAUUGACUGUGGUGGAUGUAGAUUUGGGGGAUCGGAGUUAUCCGAUCUACAUUGGCGUGGGAAUUCUGGACCGCGGAGAUCUGUUGUGCAGGCACGUCAAGGGCCGGCGUGUACUGGUGGUGACAAACGAAACCAUCGCGCCGUUGUACCUGGAGCGGACUAUUGCGGCGCUGACACAUGGCAACCCGCAAUUGGAGGUUCGCAGCGUCGUGCUACCGGACGGCGAGCAGUUUAAAGACUUGGAAACCCUCAAUCUGAUCUUUGACCGAGCCCUCGAGACCCGCAUGGACCGGCGCUGCACGUUCGUAGCUCUCGGGGGAGGCGUGAUCGGCGAUAUGACUGGCUUCGCCGCUGCUUCGUACCUAAGAGGCGUCAAUUUCAUCCAGAUUCCCACCACCGUCAUGGCUCAGGUGGACUCGUCGGUGGGCGGCAAGACAGGUGUCAACCACCGGUUGGGCAAGAACAUGAUAGGCGCGUUCUACCAGCCGCAGUGCGUGCUCAUCGACACCGACACGCUCGCGUCGCUCCCCGACAGGGAGCUCGCGUCGGGGCUGGCGGAGGUGAUUAAGUACGGGCUCAUCCGCGACGCGGAGUUCUUUGUGUGGCAGGAACAAAACAUGGACCGGCUAUUGGCAAGGGACCCGGCAGCACUGGCGUUUGCGAUCAAGCGGUCGUGUGAGAACAAGGCGGCGGUUGUGGCAGCAGAUGAGAAAGAAGGCGGCCUCAGAGCCACGCUCAACCUCGGCCACACCUUCGGCCAUGCCAUAGAGAAUGGGCUAGGGUAUGGCGAAUGGCUGCAUGGGGAGGCGGUGGCAGCGGGAACGGUGAUGGCAGCACACAUGUCGCACCGCAUGGGGUGGAUCGACGCGGCUCUGAGGGAUCGCAUCACUGCCAUCAUCAAGAAGGCCCGCCUGCCCACGCGGCCCCCGUCUGCUGUCACCAAGGAGCAGUUUAGGAGCCUCAUGGCGGUGGAUAAAAAGGUAGCAGACGGCCAGCUGCGUCUUAUUCUGCUCAAGGGCUCACUGGGAGACUGUGUUUUCACUGGGGACUUUGACAAAGCUGCACUUGAAGCUACCCUGGACGAGUUUUCACCGGAAGCGGAGCUUGUUGUGGCGCUUGCUGGUGCCGUCGCAAAGUCGCAGGCAAAUAUCCUUGCCAGCGUCAGCAGCAGCAUUGGCGAUGCAGUGACACGUGUGCAGAAGCUAAUCCAACCAUCGCCUCCGGGGCUGCCACCUGGACCUGCUGAUGACUCAGCAGUCAGGCUGGCGUCAGAUCCACUCACAUUCCUGGAUGACGUGGCCCAGGACUACCCAGGCGGCAUUGCCACUGUCAGAUUGGUGGGAGAGCCCGUACUCGUUAUAAGCAACCCUGAACUAGCACGGGAGGUGUUGGUUACACAGUCAGACGUCUUUAUCAAGGCCGGCACAGCAUUCUUCCCCGGUAGCAGCUUGACAGGGAAUGGGCUGCUGGUGAGCGAUGGGGAGGUGUGGAAGAGGCAGCGCCGGCUGUCCAACGCUGCAUUCAGAAAGGCCGCCAUUCAGUCGUAUGCCACGGCCAUGGCGGAGUUGGCUGAUGACAUGGUGGGGGGCACGUGGACGGGUAGCAUCACCACAACGAGACCAAGGGGAGUGGAGGGACGCAGAGAAGGAGGAGGAAGAGGAGGAGGGGAUUCGGUGGUGAGGGACGUGUAUGCAGACUUCAACGAGCUGACAAUGAGGAUAGUGGUGGCGGCGCUGUUUGGGGGGGGCGGGUUGGGGGGAGCAGCGGUGGAGCAGGUGGGGCCGGCCAUCUCCACGGCCUUUGAGUUCUUUGCCAAGCGUGCCACCAGCAUGCUCAUCAUCCCCGAGUGGUUCCCCACCCCUGACAACCUCCAGUACACGGCAGCAGUGCAGCGCCUGGAUGGGGUGGUGUAUCGGCUGAUAGAGGAGAGGAGGAAGGAGAUGGCGGGGUGGGCUGGUGGGGGGAGGAAUGCACAGGGAGGAAGCGAGGAAGGGAAGGACCUGCUCACUCGACUGCUGCUGGCUCGGGACGAGGACGGUUCGGGAAUGGACGACCAGUCUCUCAGGGACGAGCUCAUGACUCUGCUGGUUGCGGGCCAGGAGACAUCCGCCAUCCUGCUGGCGUGGGUGUGCGUGCAGCUGGCACUGCAUCCCGAGGAGCAGAGGCGGGCAGAGGAGGAGGUGCGGCAGGUGCUGGGAGGGCGGAUCCCGACACAUGCUGACGUUCCCAAGCUCAAGUACCUGGAAUCUGUGAUUCAGGAGACGCUACGUUUGAUGCCGCCUGCAUACAUCGUGGGGCGCUGUGCGUGCCGAGAAACGCACCUGGGGCAGUGGCGUGUGCCCCAGGGCACCACUGUGCUCGUGAGCCCAUACCUGCUGCACCGCGACCCUCAGCACUGGCCCAGAGCCCUCGCCUUUGACCCAUCUCGCUGGCUACCUGGGGGAGACGCCCUUCCCCCAGCCGACAACCCUUCCUACUGGCCGUUCGGCGGAGGCCCCAGGAACUGCAUCGGCAUGGGCUUUGCGCUGCUCGAAGCCUCAAUCGUGCUUGCUCGCAUCCUGCAGUCCUUCUCGCUCUCUCUCCCCACGGGCUCUCCCCCUCCCGUGCCCCGCGCCAUGAUCACCCUGCGACCUGCUGGUGAGGUGAAUCUGCUGCUCACACCGCUUGCUUCUCAUGCAUCAGAGGAAAAGGUGCCUGUAUUUGGUUGUGCUGGGACCGGAGGGCAGGCAGCAGCAGAACCUGCUGGGACGGCAGCAGCACCAGCGUCACAGCAGCAGCAGCAGCAGCAGCAGCUGCUGCAGCAGCAGCAGCAGCAGCAGCAACACCAACACCAGCGCCGCCAGCAGCAGCAGAAGGCGUAG